AUGAAGAGCCCUGUGGCGUACGGGAAUCCGGUCAUGUUUGGUCAAGUGGACUGGAAUCAUCAAGCAGCCGGCCCCCCCAUGAGGAGAGGGAAGAGCGUGGAGGAGCUGGGAGACGCUGGCUGGGCCAAAGAACAAGAGAGGUUGGCCCAUUUACAGCAUUUACAUCACCUACAUCAACUCCAGCAGCAACAGGUGGCCUACCCUGGUUAUGGAAUGGUGCACCCUCCACAUGGGAAUGUCAUGGUUCCGAGUCCGGUUAGCCCCAUUCCAGCUCCGGGUUUUCCCAUGGCGGUUAAUGGUGGUAUGGUUCAUCUCCAGCAAAUGAUGCCAGUUGGUUCGGUGCCGCCUCAAAUGCACAUGCCGGGGCCAUGGCCAGUCCACGCUCAAGUCGGACAAGUUGAGAAGCCCAAUGUUUACUACCACCCCGGCUCAGAGUAUGGACACCUCGACGUGAGGAUAUCGGAGUGGAAAGGAAAGCACUGUUUUUACCAAGGUCCAGAGGAGACGCAAAACCAGGAUUACAACCCCAGGAUACAACCACAGCACGACAAUAUCAACUUAAGUUAUGAGGAGCCUCGAUAUGAAGAGGCCAGGAGAAGGAGGGAAGACUGGGACCGGGAACAAGACCAACUCAAAGACCAAUAUGCGCAUAGAAGGCACUCGGAGGAACUAACGGACCGAGAUUACAACCGGAGAUACGACAAUCGCUACGACGACCGCGAACAGGAAUACCAUGACAAUCGGAAUUACAAGGAGCGCGACGAUUACUGUGAAAGGCAAGACCGGUACGCUAGAAAAGACAAGUAUUACGACCAAAAAGACAGUGAUAGAGAUAAGGAUUACUACGAGCCAAAAGAAAGGUAUAGGGAUCACUACAGGGAACGAGACAGAUAUGAUAAACGAGAACAUGAGCGAUACGAGUCUAGAGAAAGGUGUAGUUACAAUCAAAGAGGUGAGGAUAGUUAUCGUAAAAGACCAGGGCAUUACGAGAGCAGACAAGACGACCGGUACAGAGAGAAAGAUGCAUCCAACAGGUACAAAGAUAGAAGUGAUGAGAGGAGAGAUGAGCACUACAGCAGCAGGAGGAGGGACCCUUACCGAGACAUGGACCGGUAUGAAAGAAGAGAGCAAUACGACCAUGACAAAGACCGUCGCAACUAUGACGGCAAACCAAGAGACAGGUACCGGGAUUUACGUUCGCUUUCUGACGAAUCGCGAUACGAGGAGUACCCCCAAAAGGACCGCAACAAGUCGCACUGUGAAGAAUGGGUGGAGCAGCAGAAUAAGAAGUUGGCUCUGGGAGACUGCUUUGAGGACCCAGGGGUUUACAGAGCCAGCAUGGACACAGAGAGGGGGUAUGAGUCCAGCUCUGGGGGAACCAAGCGGGGUCGGAAACCAGUCUACAUGGGGUCUCUGGACCGAAACAGCUUCUACAGGAAGACGGCUCCCAGCUCCAUGCGAAACUCUCAGUUCGGCACCACCAGGAAGCAAAAGAAAGAGAUGACGCUGCUGUCUGCUCAGCCCAAACCCCUGGACUCGCCCCUGGUCCCAGAUGAGGCCCCGGUCCCGAGCACUGAGGCCGAGGACCCAGAGGUCAGGAUGCUGGAGAAGAGGUCCAAGGUCAUCGAGGAGCUGCUGCAAACUGAGAAGGACUACAUCAAAGACCUGCAGAUGUGUGUGGAGGAGAUCAUAGAACCACUGCAGCACAAACAGGUGAAGAACGUGGACUUCGAGGGUCUCUUUGGAAACAUCAGCUCCGUCAUAGACCUGUCCCAGCGACUGUUCGAGACCCUACAGGACUCUGAGGACUCCGUCGGAAACGUGUUCCUGACGUUCAAAGUGGAGCUGGAGGAGGUUUAUAAAAUCUAUUGCCAAAACCACGACGACGCCAUUUCUCUGCUGGAGACGUAUGAAAAAGACGAGACGAUCCAGCGACAUGUGGCGGAGAGUCUGGAGCGGCUCAGGGCAAUUUACCGAGCCUGGGGUAAGACCAACUACAUAAACCUGGGCUCCUUCCUGAUCAAGCCGGUGCAGAGGGUGAUGCGGUACCCUCUGCUGCUGAUGGAGCUCCUGGGGGCCACGCCCGACUCUCACCAGGACCGCCCCGAGCUCACACAGGCCCUGCUCGCCAUCAAGGAGAUCAACGUCAACAUCAACGAGUUCAAGCGGAGGAAGGACCUCGUGGUGAAGUACAGAAAAACAGACGAAAACACUUUUAUCGACAAGAUUUCGAAGCUGAGCAUGCAUUCCAUCAUAAAGAAGUCGAACCGCGUCAGCAGCCACCUCAAACACCUCACGGGCAUCUCUCCUCAGAUCAGAGACGAAGCCUUCGACGAAGCAGAAAAGAGGUUCCGGCUUCAGGAACGACUGAUCAAGUCCUUCAUCAGAGACAUUUCUCUGUAUCUCCAACACAUUCGGGAGUCUGCGUCUGUGAAGGUCUUGGCCGCCAUGAGCUUCAGUGACAUCUUCUCCGAGCGCAGCCUCCUGACUCCAGAGCACUUCCAGAGAGCUCACCGCUCCAUCAGCGACAAACAGUUCACUCACUUUAAGGAGCAGACCGAGGCCCUGGUGAUCCAGCCUCUGAACCAGCUCCUGCUCAUGUUCUCUGGGCCUCACAAACUCAUCCAGAAGAGAUUCGACAAACUUCUGGAUUACGACAACUGCAAAGAGCGCGCCGACCGCCUCAAAGAGCGCCGCGUCCAGGACGAGCUGCAGCGAGCGCGAAACACGUACGAGGCUUUGAACGCGCAGCUGCUCGACGAACUCCCCAAGUUCUACACGGCCGCAGGCGACCUGUUCAUGGGCUGCGUGCGGGCGUUCGCUCAGGCCCAGAAAGGGUUCAUGAAAACCACACUGGGAGAGCUCAGGCCCCUCCUACAGUUCUCGAGUAAACUGGGUAAAGACGGAAACCUGGUCGCCAAGUUCCAAGACGAGUACAACGUUGUCCUCCAGCUGCUUCAAAGUUUCAGUUUCUGCCCCGAUAACCUUCCUCCCGCCUCCGCCGCUGCCGCCGCCGCCAAGAAACCCUUUGAAAGGAAAACUCUGGAGAAGCAGACGUCCAAGAAGCAGCUGCAGACUCCUCCCAGAGUCCUGCAGACGGAGCAGCACCGCACUGAGCUCCUGGUUCGCUUUGCUCCAGAGAAACUGUUCCAGGCCGACAGGAACUUCAACGCGGCUCAGGAUCUGGAUGUUUCUAUUCAGGAAGGAGACCUGGUCGGUAUCAUCAAGCAGCAGGACCCGAUGGGAAGCAACAACCGCUGGCUCAUCGAUAACGGAGUGAGCAAAGGCUUCGUCUACAGCUCCUUCCUCAAACCGUACAACGCUCGCCGGAGCCAAUCGAACGUCUCCAUCGAGAGCCAGUCGUCCAACGAGUCCGGAUACGGCGGCUCCUCCCCCGUCUUCUCGCGCCAGAAUAGCAGCAGCACUCUAACGUUCAACCAGGAGAACGCCACGGUUAGCUUCUCCACGUCGCAGCCUGAAUCCGAAUCCUCGAGACGGAGCCACAACAGAGAUUCUCAGGACGUCGUGAGUCAAAGCAACUCCACGAACUCUUCUCUCCGGAAUUCAGGUCAGAAGGAGCUGUCGACGCCGCGGGACGUGGAGCUCCCCUACUGGCAUUCGGCCAAUCAGAAGAGCUCGUACGGCGGACACGGUGCCAGUCCCAGUAAGUACAAGGACGUGUCGGACCUAUCGGAGACGGACUCCAGCUCAUCGUCCAAUAGGAAUGGGCGCUCGCGGUACGCAGCAGAUAAAGGCUAUAAUUCCCACCAAUGGAGAAACGGGAACGCCGAGAAGAGGAAGCCUGCGGUUUACAGCAGAGACGACUACAACGAGCCCGAACCAGCACCAGCACCAGCAGCGGACGACUUGGACGGUCACCAGAUUUAUUACGCGCUCUACUCCUUUAGCGCCCGCUGUGACAAUGAACUGAGCAUUUCGGCCAAUCAGAGGCUGCGGAUCCUGGAGUUCAAAGACAUGAACGGCAACGACGAGUGGUGGCUCGCCGAAGCGGACGGGAAGCGAGGAUACGUGCCUUCCAACUACAUCCGCAAAUCAGAAUACACAUGA